GAUAGACCUAACAUACAAUCGUGUGGAAUUGUUGUUGUAUGGGAGAUUGGCUAAGAUUUGUAUUCAACUUCUUGUUCGUUUUUGUCUUUUCCAUUUGCUUUCUUUAGUUGGUUAUUGGCUAUCUUUCAAUUCAAUGAUUCUAUAAUCGUCCAGUGAUACUUACUUUCCUUAAAUAAUGUCUAGAAUCACAGGCCCAAGGCUCUCGUCAGAUAAAGAUCAUAUACGAUCAUCUUCCUCAAGUCUUCCUUAUGGAGAUGGAUCCGGUAAGAUCUUUGGAAUGGAAAACUUUGGUAAUACUUGUUAUUGCAACUCAAUCUUACAAUGCUUAUUUUAUUCAGAUAAAUUUAGACACAACAUACUUGCUCAUAAUAGAACCCAUCACGAUCCGAAAUUGAAUCAAAAUGGGGUUAAAAGUCAUAAUUUCACUACCAAAUAUGAACAAUUGGUUUCUAAAAGAUUGAAAGAAGCGAAUGCUACAAAUAACGUUACUAAUCAAACACAGAAUGGUGGCGCCACCACAAAUGGUAAUGAUGUCUUGAACGGGAAUGGUGUAAAUGAUAUGGCUGGUAUGAAUAAUAUAGACCGACCCAAAUCUUCAAGAAAGGGUUCAAUCUUUGGUAUAAAGUUUUCCAAUAGCAAUAAUAAUAACAGCAAUGGUAAUACAUCAAAUAACCAUCUGACUUCACUUUCAAGUCAAUCCGAUGGUAAUAAUCAAAAUAAGUUUAUUUAUGAUGCCAAAGAUUGUCCUGCGUUAUCAAUUCAACAACGUAUAUCAAUACAAAGAAAUCGUGAUUUUGAAAAUUUACAAAUCAUGGUCACUCGCCCGUCAUUAAGCUCAUCUAAUUCCACCAAUAGAAAUGAUCAUUCCCAAUCCUCUUCAUUCUUGUUAAGUAAUGAUUCUAAAAACAACCCCCAUAACCAAGACAAUGCUUCUCCUGAUACCACCAAUAACAAUAAUGAACCUCGUAUUACUCCUCAAUCACAUUUUGUGGUGGUGGGUAUUCCUCAACCAGAAACUUUCUUAUCCAAUCCCAUUAAUCCAUUUAAUCCAAGUCCAUCCACGGAUCAAAGAAAAAGAUCGGCUUUGAUCAAUGGGCCUAUUAUAAAUUUAGAUCAUCCUUUGCAACUUCCUUCUGAACAAUCAGAUGAAACUGCCCUAUUAUACGCUUUGAAAGACUUAUUCGAGUGUAUGGUGGAAAAUAAAUCCCAAAUAGGAGUGGUUUCGCCAUCCUACUUUAUUACAAGAUUAAAAGAAAAAAACUUUCUCUUUAGACAAAAUAAUAUGCACCAUGAUGCUCAUGAAUUUUGCAAUUACUUAAUUAAUGAAAUUAUUGAAUCUUUGAAUUUUGAGUUAAGUGAAAGUAACCCGUUUAAUUGGUGCACCGACUUAUUCCAAGGUUUAAUUACUAACGAAACUAAAUGUUUAUCUUGUGAAACGAUCACGUCAAAGGAAGAAACUUUUUUGGAUCUAUCAAUCGAUAUCCCUCCUGGUGAUAGCUCAUAUUCUUUAAGUCACUCAUUGAAUAAUUUUUCGAAACUGGAAACUUUAACUCAUCAAAAUAAAUUUUAUUGUAACACUUGCUCUUCAUUACAAGAAGCUACGAAAACCAUCAAAUUGAAAAAAUUACCCGAAGUCAUGAUUAUCAAUUUUAAAAGAUUCAAAUAUGAUGAAAAUGCUGAUAAAAUGGUUAAAUUGUUUGAUUCAAUAAGCUAUCCGUUGAAAUUAAGAUUAUUCAACACUUCCGAAUCAGACGAUAACAAUACUAAUGAUGAAAACAAUAAUGAUAAUUUUACCUUGUACGAACUUUAUGCUCUAGUAGUACAUAUAGGUGGAGGUCCAAUGCAUGGUCAUUACGUUUCAUUAUGUAAAUGCAAAGCAGGACUAUGGCUAUUAUUUGAUGAUGAAACAGUUGAGAUUGUUGACGAAUGUUAUGUUAUGAGAUUUUUCGGUAACGGUCCAGGUUUAGCAAGCUCGUAUAUUUUAUUUUACCAAAAAUGUGAUACUUUGAAUCCUGAAUUAUCAGUGGAUUUUGGAUUAAAUUUAAAUGAAAUUUACAAUGGCAGUGAUUAUUCUUUAGUUGAAAAGGCUAACUUAACUUCAAAACCUGAACCAAUAUCGACCAGAAAAACAUCGUCUGCUCAUUCAUAUAAGUUCAGUAAAGAUCUUGAACCCGAAGAAAAUCAUUCGGUUCACCAUAAAAAUUCCGAUUGUUCUGCCUACGAUCCAAAUUUCACUUACCCUACUCCCACUAAUCCUUUCAAUACCACUCCAUCUUUAGAAUCCUCUUUUGAAAAUUCAAUUGCUACAAGUAACCAAGGUUCAGGUUCGAAUAUACUACCAAAUAAUAACUCAAAUUCUUCAAGUGGAACUGGAGGGCUCACUAGGAAAGCUUCUCUCUUUAAAAAGAAUUUCAAACUUGAAAAUACCAACACUACCCCAUCCAAAGAGAAGGAAAAGGAAUCGGUGUUCCAUUUGCCUCGCUCUCUUUCGCGUUCAUCCUCCAUGAAAGGGCCCUUGUCUCAACAUCAACAUCAACAUCAUCCAAGUGACCAAUCAAUGGAGUCCGAAUUGUCCGCCCAGACUCCGGUGAGCCCAAUUCCAGAAACUACCCAGACCGAACCCCCAAAACAUGAAAAGAAAACUUGGGUAGGCGGAUUGAAAAGACGUGAGAGUAGAUUGGGCUCUUUCAGCAGCACCACCAGUAAUACCAGCAGCACAAGCAAUGGUAACUCUUCUUCCCUCAACGCUAAAACAUCUUCAACCAAUGUUAAACCUAACAAGAGUAACUCCCUUGAACCACCAAAGGAAACUGGCAAACGCAGAAGUAUAUUCGGCUUCAAGAAAAAGAGCGACAAAUAGCCUUGUUCAUAAGUCAACAUAUACAUAUCUAUAGACGUGUAAAUUUAUAGACAAUAAUAAAUUGAUUGGUAU